CAGCCAGCAACGCUGGACCCGCCUUGAUUUUCACUCCCUAUCGUUUCUUGCCAACAUUCUUUUCCAGUUUGUUCUUUCUUUAAGCAGAAAGUUCUUAAAAAUUGUCCCUUUUUGGCUUCUCCGCUCUCCACCGGAAACUGCAAUUCUGGUGUUUUGCUUCUGGGGUUUCCUGUUGCUGAUCACUAUACCAUCUUUUCUUCACCAUUUCUCCAAUUUUGAUUUAAGGGCACAGACCUCUGGCUUCUCUGAUCAGGUUUUUUGAGCUGAAUUUACUUAAUUUCCAGUUCAAAGGUAUUAAAAUACAUACCCAUUGAAAAAUUCUUGCCAUUUCUUGGUUUUUGUGUUGUUUUCAUUUCUGGGUAGCUGUGAACUUUCAGAAGCAUAGAUAUAGAUAGGUUUAGGGCACAGACCUCUGGCUUCUCUGAUCAGGUUUCUUGAGCUCAAUUUACUUAAUUUCCAGUUCAAAGCUAUUAAAAUACAUGGCCAUUGAAAAAUUCUUGCCAUUUCUUGGUUUUUGUGUUGUUUUCAUUGUUGGGUAGCUGUGAGAGGAUAGAUAUAGAUAGGUGGAAGAGACUCAUCCAUCCUUAACCAAAGUCAAGGGUUCGAUCAUUGGCUUUGGAUAUGGAGCAACCUUAAAUUUCUAGGCCAGUUGUCCUAGCCAAUAGAGGUAUCUACAAUCUAACGAGGGGAUUAGUCACUGUGUCCGAGGGUGGAAACUUGAGCUACACCAAAAAAAAUAGAUAUAUAUAUAUAUAUAUAGGUAUUUGUAAAUUGUAAUGAUUUCCCUUUAUUGGCUAUGAUUCUUGGGGAUAACUGUGAAGUUUGAGAAGCAUAGAUAUAGAUAGGUAUUUGUGAUGAUUUCCCUUUAAUUGGGUGUGAUUCUUGGGGAGGUUGAAGAUGAUAGCUUGGUAGGCAGUUAGGCACCAAUGUCAUUUGCUAGCUGUCUGCCAAUUCUUGAGUGUGUAUACUGUCUGGCCUGUGCGCGUUGGGUGUGGAAGAAGUUUAGGUAUACUGCUGGGAGGGAAAGUGAGAACUGGGGGAUUGCAGCUGCUAGUGAGUUCGAGCCUGUGCCGCGGUUUUGUAGAUAUAUUCUAUCUAUAUAUGAGGAUGAUAUCAGGAACCCAAUCUGGGCUCCUCCUGGAGGAUAUGGUGUUGAUCCAGAUUGGGUGAUUGUGAAGAGGAAUCACGAGGAUACUCGAGGGAGAGUGACGCCUUAUAUGGUCUACGUUGAUCAUCAGAAUGGCGAAAUAGUUGUAGCUAUUAGAGGUCUUAAUUUGGCGAAGGAGAGUGAUUAUUUUGUCUUGCUUGAUGACAAGCUCGGGCAAGGUGAAUUCGAUGGGGGGUAUGUUCAUAACGGGCUGUUAAAAGCAGCGCAGUGGGUAAUGGAAGCAGAAGCGAAUGUUUUGAGAGAACUGGUGGUGAGAUAUCCUAACUACACGUUGACGUUAGCUGGGCACUCUUUAGGGGCUGGAGUUGUGGCGUUGCUGACAAUGUUGGCUGUUAAGAACCGAGGAAAACUUGGAAACUUGGAGAGAAAACGGAUCAGAUGCUUCGCAAUUGCUCCUGCAAGGUGUGUAUCUCUAAAUUUGGCGGUGAGAUAUGCAGAUAUCAUCAAUUCUGUUGUACUACAGGAUGAUUUCUUACCUCGGACUACUGUUGCACUGGAAAAUGCUUUCAAGUCACUUUUCUGCUUCCCAUGCUUGCUCUGCAUAAUGUGCUUGAAAGAUACGUGCACAAUGGAAGAGACGAUGCUUAAAGAUCCAAGGCGUCUCUAUGCACCUGGUCGUCUUUAUCACAUUAUCGUGAGAAAGCCCUUCAGCUCUGCGAAAAUACUGCCGAUUGUAAGAACAGCCAUACCUGUGGAUGGGCGGUUUGAACACAUUGUUCUUUCUCGGGACAUGACUAGGGAUCAUUCCAUCAUUCAGAUACUGACCGAGUCUCAAAGGACACUCGAUUCGAUGCUGGAAAGAGAUCAAAGCACGGAUAUCCCCACUCAGCAGAGGAUGGUUCGGAAGGCUUCUCUCGCAAAAGAGCAUAUGCAGGAGCACCAGGCCGCAUUACAGAGGGCAGUUGCGUUGGAUGUGCCCCGAGCAUACUCUCCUUCUUCGUAUGGGACGUUUCGUGAAUUAGAGCAAGGGGAGAAUUCUGGCAAAUCUCGACGGUUUUCUUUAACAUUGUCGAAAACUAGAAAAGAAAGCUGGGAUGAUUUAGCUGGGCAGCUUCUUCCCACAGAUAAACUAGUGUAGCCAAUCAAAAGAUUCAUUUUUUAUUUUAUUUUUUUCAUUUAUAGAAUUAUAGAUUCAUUUGUGUGGUAGAGUAGGUUAGUGUCAAAUGGCAAACACUAUUCUUAGGACUGGUUCAGAAGUGUUUGUAAUGUUUGUGGCCUGUUCAUGGACCCAAUCUUUGAUGAAUGUUUCAUUUAUUUGUUAAGAAUGAUUGAUUAUAAGCUAAUAAUAUGGUGAUAGCAGAGAUUUCUCA